GGGAGCCCCUGGUGGUGUGCGUAGUAGUACUAGUAAAAACAUCACUGAGUAUUACAUACUUAGUUGUUUCGUUAUCGUUCAUUCAUGUUCAUCGAAACGCUUUCGAUUGCACAGCUCGAUGAUAUCAAAUGAUAUUUAUAAUUCCUCUAUCAUUUGAAUUUGAUACAUAUAUCUAUUAUAAGUCCCUCCACAGCAUAAUAGUCGGUAGUAGAUGUGAGCAAUUCGACUGCAUAUUUAUACGACAACGCUUCUUCAUGUUGACAACAAUUAGAUAUGACCAAUCAGAAUUUUGUAUAGCGAACAAUUACGCUUCUUUAUAAUGACUAAAAUAGCAGGGAGCUUCCAUGUGGGUUCUUGAGCAAGAGCCUUCCACAGUAGUCUGACCAGUUUUCGACUUCGAGCGACUGCAUCUUCCACGAUGGACGCAAACGGAGACGUGGCGCCACCCGGUUCGCCACCGGGUGAGGAAUUUCCUGGGUUGCGCAUAACGGCCAACAGCGCUGCGAGUAGUUCAACCGACCCGCUGUGGUGCCACACGACGAACCAAGACAGUGGCACAGUUAUGGUAAUACAUGGCAGGUUAAGGACUUGGCGACGCUCUAAAAACGAGGACGCUUCCAAGUAUUGCUCGCAGAUAAAGCGUUGCCGAGUAGUCAAGUCGUGAUAGAGUAUGACUCGUUGCUCGAACGACGCAAAUGCAUUGGCACUGCGUCUUUGCUCUAAUCUCCACGUUUGCGCCAUUCCGCUAUUUUGGACGGACGGCCAACAAGCUGCCACUCACUCUUGUAGCAGCGGAAGGCGCCCACGACUGGUAAGCGAUCGACCACGAGCGGCCAACACUCGGCUGACAGGGCGGCGCAUCGGCUCUGCUGUCGUGUGCUUUGAGGCAGUUUCCGCGCUUCAUCGCAAAUAUAAGGGUCAGAGAGGAGCAAAGACUCUGGCGCAAGUGUUCAGCGGGAAAGGCAAAAACACAUCAGCAUCACCAGCACCAGCUGAGGAGGCUUAUGGCCCGGCGGCUGAAUUCACCUCGAAGACGGCCGCGCAGGCGCAGGGUUUUAGCGCUGGCGAUGACGACAGAAGGACAAAAAGGAGCGAAGGCAAGCGGUCCCCCGACAGUGGAAUAACGACUGCUGCGGAAGUCAACGGUAUCGGUAUACUACUCUUUAAGCUCAGGAGUGACAGACGAUGGAUAGCGUUAGACUUAGCUACCUCGACCUCUGGAGGUUGUCUUAUAAUGAUAUAUGGGUACGCCAUACUACUUUUUCGAAGACUAGUGAUCAUGUAGUUGGCAAAAAAUACGAAGAGUGGCGCUUGCGGUUGCGCCCGCUUGAUUUUCUAACUCUAGUCACACUUUAAUAAUGAGAAAAAUGGCAAUGGAUCACACUUCAGGCAAUGCGGAUCCGCCGCAGAAGCCUCAAGGGUCUGAUGGUUCUAGAACUAUUUCCUCGGAACGAACAGGUAGUUCGCAAGGCUCGGGCAAGGAGCAUGCUAAGGGGGCUGCUGCAGAACCGGGGCCCAAUAAUGGUCCUAAGUUCGAUUUCUCUCUUCUUACUUUUUGGACAUCUGCUCGCUUGGACGAGUUGGACUUGUUAUUUUGCAUGCCGCUACACUUCACUUUUGUCCCCCGACAAUAUUUCUAGACAAAGCAAUCUACCGAAACCAAAAGUAUGACCUGCCGACGAUUCGCCUUUUUCAUCCGCAAAUUACUCAGCAUCAAACAAUCCACAGGUGUAGUUGCCCAGGAGCAUGCACGACAGCGCGCAGCGUCGGAGGAUAGGUCUCAGGCGCAGAACCAUGAAGGAGUUAGCACUAGCGCAAGAGCGCAUAGCACUGAAGGCACGAACAAAGUCCAUGAUGAGCAGGAGCGGGCUGCCUCUACUCUACCAACGGCAGAGAAAGGUAGAAGUUGCUUCUCGUCUUCUCACUCUGUAGACAGUGCGACCCUUCGCGUCUGACUUAGACUAUGCUGUAGCUUAUCUUGGUUCCAUGAAACUAAGAACUUCUCUUCUUCGGCUCGGACUGAACAAGGGCCGCACUCAUCUCACUCGACAGCUCACCAAGAAACAGAAACUGCUCAACACCGAUCACUGUGCAGGUAUGUCUGCCGAGGAGUAUCCGCAGGGCUCCCUUUCGGAGGAUAAGAAAACAAAACUCACUGCGGAAACAGCCAAUAGCAUAGACCACGGCAGCGAUAAGCAGCUCCGCGAGAGUGGAAAGAAGGGAAUGAAAAACGCAAAGACGGCCUCCCCGGCAAGUAAGACGCUUGGUGCUUGAGCUUGUUUUUCCUCAUUUCCGUCUUAGCAUCAUUGGUUUUACUGUCGUACACAAAGUAGGGUCUACAAUCAUCUUAAGAGUCUCUUUAACUUUUCGCACUCUACUCAAAUUAACAAACUGAAACUUUAGGUUAAGCUACUCGCCGUCACUCACUCUCAUUUUCAGAUAAACCAGCAGCCGCUAGCCAAUCUCAGAGAGCCACGAGGGCUAUUGGCAGAGACGCAGAAGACAGCAGAGGUGUAACCAGUGUGGGCGUGAUUGACGACGCGGCGAGCCUCGCCGAGUAUGGCGAAGGCCUAGACUGCUGGGCUGGCAUUUUAUGGUAGUGCGCUGACUGUAUUGCUUCGUCAUCUGUGUAGUAAUCAAUUCAGAGCUUACUGCGAGCACCUGGUUUGCGUAGUGGCAUCGACAUUGGGCUCAUUCCUUGUCUUUUGUAAUUGUCUUGGCGAGGUUCUAGUGCUUAUCCCACUGCCAGCCCUCAACCUCAUAGGUAAUGGCUUGGUACGGUAUUGAAUGAAAGACGCAACCGCAAGUGACCUCUUUCUUGAGUGCUAUGGUAUUCGUUGUCAGGUACCGUUGGUUCUUUUUCUAAAUAGUGCGACGGUUACCCACACGACGACGGCUUUGAAGAUGAAGAUGCUUCGGCGGUCUUCGUGCUCGCCUCCGUCGCUCUUUGGGAGGGUGAAGGCAUGGGGGAGGCAAGUAGUUAAUGAGCUUUACCUAGUGCGGCGCCGCGUUGCGGGGAUUUUUUGGUCGAGCUCUCCUGCGGAGGAUGACGCUAUCGAAAGUGGUCCGCUAGAUUUAUGUAUGAUGGAACUGAUGCAGUGCUCCACUUGCUCCAGGUAUCGGACGAAAGAUAGCUAGACAUACAUGGUCGUUCACGUUUGAGAUAAGCUGUGCGUAGUCUUUACUCUCGUAUCCUAGUAAAAGGUGACUAACACAACUGUCGUUGUAAGAUUAAGCGACAUGAUCACGCAUCGGGAGGUGAGUUGCUUUUAUUGAAGUGCUUCCCGACUCUCUUCUUUCAUAUUUUAUUGACGCCCGGCUGUUGUGGCGCGGCGAAGAACAAGAAGACGCGCAAGAGCUUUCGUUGUUGCAGCUGCAAAUCGAAGGCUUUCGCUUUUAUUUAACUCGUCCUAAAGUGGCAGACGCUAUCAACGAGGUGCCUUGCGAGCACACUGUCGCUCAGGAGAAGAACGCGAAACCAGUGUUGAACGCUGUCGAGGUAACACCGAGCAGUCCUCUGGGACGGAGUCUCCAUGAAUUGUAUGUUUCUACUAACGCGCUGUCCUUCUUUUGCGAGUGUGCGUAUGAGAACGAGGAGUGGCAGUUUGAACUCGGUGACCCAAAUGGAACGCCAGGUGGGAUUUCGACCGCAGGCGACAGCAGUGAUGCAACUUCACUUACUACAGAGCCAGGCACAACGCAGAGCCCUGUGUGUCGAAUCUAUGCUGUCGAGAAGGUUCAACUUCGAGAAAACGAUGGGGCACAAAACGAUGGCGCUUUACUGGUGCUGGUGGCGCAGAAGAUCCACGCUGCUGAUGGCGCGAGUCCUACUAGAAGUAGUUCCACUGACGCUGCAACGUCACGCCGGCUCCUGUUUUGCAAGAAAAUGAAAGCUGAUUCCGUCGAUGAAAACGGGAAAGAAUCAUCGCUGAAGAAUGAUAAUAGGAGCGAGUGCAAGGCUGCGAGUCAUUUCGUGACAAUGUGGAACGAGAACAUCCUCGCACACGGAGGAUACAAAUCUUCGGUCGUCGGAAUCCCGUUUUGCAUCGAGGAGCUGAGUAAGGAGAUCGACCCCAAAGAGCAUCAUACGCUUUGUUCGGAUGCCAUGGAUUCUGUGAACGACGCGAAGCUCACGGAUGCGCUGGCCGCGGCUGGUAAGGCUCCGGCACCGGCCGCAAAUAGGCCGAAAGAGGAAGACGGGCCACGAAAUAUCGUUUGGUGGACUUGGAAUAGCAUCGGCGGACUGGUGAGGGCGGGCCUUUUCCAUCGAGACAUCAAAUCCACGAACUUCGUAUCUCGAGGUGAAGGCGCUCAAGCGGUUUGGAUCGCAAUCGACAUGGGUUUUGCGUGCGGGUUUCCGAAUGGGUCGCCGGGAGUCCGGGCAUGUGCUUCUGUCCAGCAAAUUGCAGGCACCCUAGACCACCUUUCUCCGGACCAUGUCAAGUUCAACAGCGGGAGGGAACGACGCUCGAUAUCCGUCGAUGAUGGUGCCAGGGGAGACUCCUUCAGUUGGGCAGUUGAUAUCAUCCAGACCAAGAAUAUGAAACGAAAAUCUGUUACUUAUCAUUAUCAAGUUUCUGAAGAAGAAAAGCAUGAUAAUGAUAACAGAUUUUCUUUUCAUAAAGAAAGCCCGCGCGAGCAGGGCUGUGCUGGCUUUGUUGGGAUUCAAGUCCGGCAAGCCUUUUCCUUCUCCAACUGGCAACCAAAAAAGUGACCAAUUGGAAAAAGCGAAGUUCGAAGAAGAUUAUGUUGUCUUUUUUGCACGUUAGCCUGAUCCCUCGCUGAGGAGACUUGUUCAGGUUGUCAUAGGGAAAAACAGGAUCAAUGAAUUCCAUCAUGUAUGAGUACUAAAAGGAAUUAUGGAAAUGCCACAGACCGCAUCAUCUCUAAUGCGUCCGCAGGACAGCUGUGGUGGAAAUGCUGCGGAAACGGCAGGCCUGUCGUGGCUCGAUUCUGCUUAUGGCGCAGUCCUCUCAUGUGUGCAGGUUUAGAGAUCUGCCGUGUUUAACGUAUUUUUUACUCACCGAACAUUUCCGACACCCCCCUGUUCUUCAUAGCACUGCGGAUGGCUUCGGUUACGUUUUCGUCGGAGCAGACGCCUGCAGGACAGUCGGGUAUGAGUAAAGCGGUUGAGCUUCUGUCAGACUUAUGAUGCGGUAGCGCUUUAAAAAACAGUAACUACAGGAUAGACCGGGCGUCUACGGUAAGUAAAAAGUGCUUAUAAUUCGGAAGACCACCACGGCUGGCUUCCAGAAGAAUGGGUGUAAUUAUCCAGUGCAUAGUGGCUCAACUAAGUAGCUAGAUAUAUCCGUCCUUAUCCACAGUUGAUAGAGCGUACGCCUUCUCACGAGCUAUCUCCUCAGAACUGUUGCCAAAAUGGUCACUUUCUUGUUAGUAGAUCUUCUUCAUUUUUGUGGAUCGACCAGAAUACAGAGCUUGGCCCCAAGACGAGAGAGGCGCUCGAGAAAACGAGGCUCACGCCGUUGCCACACAGCUCCCUUGUUGACGAACCGUCUGGGCCCAUUCCGGCGAUUGAGUUGAUCGCGCAAGCACUUCUGGGCAACCCGUGGAGCUUGUCCUAUCGCGAGGGCAAGUAUGCAAACAAAAAGGCGGCGAGCAAUCAAUUUUACAUGUGGCAAGAGACCACACUUUUCGAGACCACGCGGUUGCGGUCGUGGGUGUGGGGAAGCAACAAUGGGGGUUAUCAAUAUAAUUAUUGUCAGUAG